UUAUAGUUUACUUAUCAACAUAGUAUCAGUGGUGUACUUCUUGGCUAAUAUGAUAAUGGAAUGUCAACCAUGUCAUGAGCAGAAUGGAAAUGCAUCCGCAGAAUAUUGGUGUACUGAAUGUGAAGAAGCGCUAUGUCAUAGCUGUAAAUCUCAACACAAAUCAUUUAAAGUGAGCAAAAAUCACAACGUAUCGAAAUUGUCCCUGUCGGAAAAAGAGUCUUCUACUGACAAACAGAAAGAAGAUAAUGUUGUUGAAAAAGUCGAAUGGGUUCUAUGUACAGAACACGAUGACAAAUCUUUAGAAUAUUUUUGUAUUAAACACGAAAAGCCAUGUUGCAUUCUCUGUAAAAGAAAAUAUCACCGACAUUGUUGUGAAGUUGAAAAGGUUGAAGAUGUUGUAGAUGAGACCAAACUGGCAAGUAUCACAGAGGAUUUCUUAUCAGGUAUCGAAAAACACAAAAAAAGCUUAACGAAAGUUGCAAACAAGGAAAGGUCAAAUAUGAGAGAUUUAAAUAUCAUUAAGGAAAAUUGUUCAGCCGACUUUAAAAAUACUAGAAUUGUCAUUGAAGAGCUUUUAGAUAUAUUGCAAAAUAACGUCGAGCAAGAAAUGAACAGAAAGUAUGAAGAAGAUAGUGGGGAAAUAAACAAACGUUUAACAGAUCUUUCAGAAAAAAUUAAAUACAUCAACGAUCAACAAAAAAUGAUACUAGAUAUUUCAAAGGAAUCUACGAUGUCUAUAGUGCAAAAAUAUUUAAGAAUAAUGCGUUUUAAACAUUUGAAGAGUAGUUAUACCAAAAUUGACGAGACCCUUUCAGAUUGUAAUUUACGAGCUAUAACUAAUUACAAGAUGUCUUAUGAAAAAACCGAGGACAGCAUAACAAUACGCAUUAAUCGGAAUUUGAAUGAGCAAAAUAAUGAUGUGGAAAAUUUUAAACGAAAUAAAGAGGAGAUAGAAUCUUCCUCCUCCAUAGUUGAAUUAGAACCAUCUAAUUCAGAAUCUAAAAAUUGUGCAUUAUCUGUACCAGUUUCUGAAUUGCCAUUAACUCUCCCUACGACAAGUGCACCUUUCGUGACAGAGAAAAGUCCACUUAGUCGUCAAUUAGUAUGUUCGUCCUUGUUACAUACAGCACCACCUGCUAAUGAUUCCUGUUCACCACCCUCUGCAGAAAGUUCAUCUGUCCAAUUUCACUUAAAAAAAUCAUUUUUCAUCGAAAAAAUAAAUAAAAAUGUUUUCAUUACCGAUGCAAAAUUGAUGCCAAACAAGUUCUUCAUAGCAAUGACAGAACGGUCUAAUCCUAGGUGUAUGAUAUACAACAAAGAUGGUCAGAAAAAAGGUCAAAUUCAGUUAAGUGGUGAACCAGAUAGUAUUGCAGUGAUGCAGAGCAACCGCAUAGGCGUAACUCUUAUUCAUGAAGAAAAAGUUUGUGUGAUUGAUACAGAUUCAUGGCAGAUUAUUACCACCAUUCAUGUUCAUGACGACUGCAAAGGACUCGUUUAUUUUGAAAAAAAACUCAUAGCUUACUGCGCACAUGAUGGUUUGAUGUAUAUUGACAGUAAUGGAAAAAUAGUAAAACAAAAUAGAAGUAUUAAAGGAGAUUUAUACUGUCAUCUUGACAAUCAAGGAAAUAUGUACACCGCUAAAAUGAAAGCUAAAAAUAUUCAUGUUCACAAUUUAGUUAACAAUAAACGGUUAACAUACUAUAUCGAAUGUCAAGAUGAUUUGACAGGUCUGACUACCGACAGAAAUAAUAACUUAUUUGUUGCAUGCAAAGACAAUGACACAAUUUUUCUUAAGCGGACACAACGUUCACCAGCACAGUGUGUAUUAGGCAACUCAGAUGGCAUUGACUAUCCAAUGAGUAUAGACUACGAUCAGCAAAACGAUGAAAUUCUUGUAGUGAAUAAUGCGGGGCAUUCAAUAUUCAUAUUCAAGAAACAGUAG